AUGUUUGUGCAACAACCACUCUACGGGGGCAAGAUCAGCACGGUUAUACCGCACGGCUUCCUCGAUGCGUCCGCCUUGCGCGAGGUGCCGGACACGCAGGAGGUGUUUGUCAAUAACAGGGACGCGCCCGGCGCGGACGGCCUCGGCACCAACGAGAGCGUGAUCGUCGACCUGCUGGAGCGCGCAGACGACGAUGACGAAGCCGCGCUGCGCACGCACCUAGAGGACGUUGCGCUGCGCAACGGCAGCGGCGCAUGGCGGCUGCUGUGUUGCGAGCGCGCCGGGCCGCGCACCACGUGCGUGGCCCUCGCACCGGUGCUCAAGUGGGGCCAGGUCGCGCGCGCAGAGACGCUGGUGCUGUGCUUCGGGCUGCUGCGGCUGCCGCACGUCGCUACGGACGUGGCGAUCAGCGUCAACUGCCCGGUUGAGGGCGCGGAGCUCGCAGACGCCGAGCGCGCCGCAGCCUCAGCGGCUGUGGGCACGCCCGCGGCCCUGCCGCCGCGCGUGGACGCCUGCUACCGCCUGCUGCGAUCGAUGGUGAGCGAGUUCAAGCUGCUGGACGAGGGCCUGUUUGUACAGUCGUAG